ACGUUUCGGACAAUAUUACCCUCAUCAUUCUCUUUAAAUCUCGUAGUACAACAUUUCUUAAUAAUAUUCAAAAUCCUAAAAAGUACGAUCACGGGACGUCGUCGUACACGUCUUUAAUACACGCUCUCUUCUCGCCGGCCGUUUUAGACAACAAUUUUCUGAAAAAGGAAAGACUUUAUUAAAACAAAUUCUCAAAGAAUUUCCUUUUUUUUUAACUUUACUUUGGUGUCUAAUUUCGGAUCUCCGGCGAUGGGUCGGGUAGAGACGGCGGUGGACCCGUCGACGUCCGCGGCGGCGGUGGCGUACCGCUUGCAUGAGGCAAUAAAUUGGUGGGAGGAGGUGAACGAAUCCACGGUUUGGCAAGACCGUACUUUCCAUGUCCUCGCGAUCUUAUACGGCGUCGUUUCAGUCGUUGCUCUUGUGCAAUUAAUUCGGAUUCAAAUGAGAGUUCCCGAGUAUGGAUGGACCACUCAGAAAGUUUUCCACUUUCUUAAUUUCUUGGUGAAUGGAGUUCGCUCGCUUGUUUUUGCAUUUCGCCGGGAUGUUCAGAAGUUGAACCCUGAGAUUAUCCAGCACAUCUUGCUUGAUAUGCCAAGUCUUGCAUUCUUCACAACUUUUGCUCUGCUAGUAUUAUUCUGGGCUGAGAUAUACUAUCAGGCACGUGCUGUAUCUACUGACGCUCUUAGGCCUAGUUUCUUCACAAUUAAUGGAGUGGUGUAUGCCAUUCAGAUUAUAUUAUGGCUGAUAAUAUGGUGGAAACCUAUUCCAGCUCUUGUCAUCUUAUCUAAGGUGUUCUUUGCAGGUGUAUCUCUAUUUGCAGCCUUGGGGUUUCUUCUUUAUGGAGGAAGGCUUUUCCUUAUGUUACGGCGUUUCCCUGUAGAAUCAAAAGGGAGACAGAAGAAGCUACAGGAGGUUGGCUAUGUGACAACAAUAUGCUUUACAUGCUUCCUCAUUAGAUGCAUUAUGCUGUGUUUCAAUGCAUUUGAUAAAGCUGCGGAUCUCGAUGUCCUGGACCAUCCGAUUUUGAAUUUUGUGUACUACCUACUGGUAACCUGCGUAAAGCUAUGUUGCUCGAACUCUCUGAAAAUUUCGCUGGAUGCGUGUCGGGUCCCGCAAAAGUAGUGUAUUUUUGGAGGAUCCGACCCGGUGCGGAAGCAUUUUGGAGAUCUGUGCAACAUAGGCGAAGCAUAGUUUCCAAAUCAUGACUUAAUUGGAAAACCGAUAUGAUUCACCAGCUUGUGGCAUUCAACACCUCUUUUCGUCCACAGUUCGUUGGUUAGGGUUGAGAGUUUCUUGUUUAUGCGAUGAUAUCUAGGUUUUUUUGUCAAUGUUUUCUUGAAUUGAAAACUGGCUCCAAUUACGGCAUUUUGAUGAAACAAUAAAUUUAGGAAGGUUGAGUAUGUGUACUGAAAUUAAAGCUUGAUUUAUUUCUAUUUAUUUGUGUCUUUGUCCUUGCAUAAGUAAAAGUUGAUGUAAAUCUAAACCCAUGAUAUUCUAAAUUUGGGUUUUCGGCCUUUA